UCCCUCCCUCCCUUCCUCUCUGCCCCUCCUCCCUCUUCCCUCCUCCCUCCUCCCUGUCUCUCCAGCUGGUGUGCCUGACUGCUGCGUCCUCCUCCCAUCCAUCGCAGCCCCAGAUAACCUGCUCAGUCAGCUGGAGCCCCCUGCGGACAGCUGGCUCACUCCCGCUCGGGCUCUGCUCUCAGCUGAGUGGAGGCUGCUGCCGGGGAGCGCUGGCUGGAAGCGGGGGCGCAGCGGCAGAGGGAAGGACGGAGGCAGCAGCGGCGGCGGCGGCCAGAGGCGCACGGAGAACGGCAGCCCGGGCGUCUGCCCCGGCCCCAGCCUGCUGCCCGAGGAGGACUCUAUUGUUCCGACUCCUUUGCUCGCUCGCUCAUCGCCCUUUCUCCUCUCUCCUUCGAAAGGGAACAAUAGCGGAGCAGAGAAGAACCAGCGCUUGGACUCAGCGCGCUCCCUCGGGCUGGGCACUCCGGACCCCUUCCUUCCCUCUGCUCCACCUUUGGCGGCUCCCACCCUCCAAGGCCUCAGACCCUGACCCCAAGUCAGAGCGGCGGGAGCCAUGGGGCAUCCCGGAGGGAGGGUAGCCCCCUGCCUCUGCAGGCGAGGAGGCUCCAGGCUUCUGGUCUUCGUUCUCCUCCUCUUCCUCCUCCUCUUCCUCCUCGGAGCCAGGGAAGCUGGGGCGCAGGGCGGACCGCAGACUUCGUUCCUCUAUUUGUGGAAGACAGGUCCUUGGGGCCGAUGCAUGGGAGACGGAUGUGGUCCGGGUGGCAUUCAGACGAGAGCGGUGUGGUGUGCCCACGCCGAAGGCUGGACGACGCUGCACACCAACUGUAAGCAGCCCGAGAAGCCAGGCACCCAGCAGGAGUGCUUCAAAGUCUGUGACUGGCACAAAGAGCUAUAUGACUGGCACCUGGGUACCUGGAACCAGUGCCAGCCUGUCAUGUCCAAGAGCCUGGUGAAGCCAGCAGAAUGCACCAAGGGGGAAGAGGGUAUCCAGACCAGAGAGAUCGCCUGCAUCCAGAAAUCCACUGGUGUCAGUGCCGAUGACAGCAUCUGUGAGUAUUUUGAGCCCAAACCCCUCUUGGAGCAAGCCUGCCUCAUCCCCUGCCCGCAGGACUGCAUCGUGUCUGACUUCUCCCCUUGGUCGGAGUGCUCCAAGACAUGUGGGAGUGGGCUGCAGCACCGCACACGGCACGUGGUGGCCCCCCCACAGUAUGGUGGCUCUGCCUGUCCCAACCUGACUGAGUUUCAGAUCUGCCAGUCCACUCCGUGUGAGGCAGAGGAGAGCCUCUACAGUCUGAAUGUGGGGCCCUGGAGCACUUGUUCAAUGCCUCACACGAGGCAAAUGAGGCAGGCUAGGAAGCGUGGGAAGAACAAAGAGCGAGAGAGGGACCGAGAAAAAGGAGUGAAGGAUCCCGAAGCCCGGGAGCUCAUCAAGAAAAAGAGGAACCGAAACAGACAGAACAGGCAGGAGAACAAGCACUGGGACAUCCAAAUUGGCUAUCAGACGCGGGAUGUUGUGUGCAUGUACAAGAACAGCACAACUGUUGACUUCAGUCUUUGCCAACAAGACAAGCUGCCCAUCACCUUCCAGUCCUGUGUACUCACCAAGGAGUGCCAGGUAUCCGACUGGUCUGAAUGGAGCCCAUGUUCCAAGACCUGCUAUGAUACAUCGUCCCCUAAAGGGAACCGUGUCCGUACACGAACCAUCAGACAAUUUCCCAUUGGCAGUGACCAGGACUGCCCUGCCCUGGAGGAGAUUGAACCUUGCCUGACCCAAGGAGAUGGGGUGGCCCCCUGUGCUACGUAUGGCUGGAGAACUACAGAGUGGACUGAAUGUCGGGUUGACCCGUUGCUCAGUCAACAAGACAAAAGACGAGGGAAUCAGACUGCGCUGUGUGGAGGCGGAAUCCAGACACGGGAAGUCUACUGUGUGCAAGCCAACGAGAACCUCCUCUCCUAUUUGAACACCCUCAAGGAGAAAGAAGCUUCCAAGCCAGUAGACUGGAAACUCUGCACAGGGCCCAUCCCAAACACCACUCAGCUGUGCCAUAUCCCCUGCCCUGUUGAGUGUACAGUGUCAGCGUGGUCAGCCUGGGGACCUUGUACCUUUGAAAACUGUAAUGACCAGCAGGGCAAGAAAGGCUUUAAACUGAGGAAGCGGAGGAUCACUAACGAGCCUACUGGAGGAUCUGGAGCGAGUAGUAACUGUCCUCACCUGCUGGAAGCCAUCCCCUGUGAAGAGCCAUCCUGCUACGACUGGAAGGCAGUGAGGCUUGGAGACUGCGAGCCAGACAAUGGAAAGCAGUGUGGUCCUGGAAGCCAAGUACAGGAGGUGGUCUGCAUCAACAGUGAUGGAGAAGAGGUUGACAGGCAGCUGUGCAGAGACGCCAUCUAUCCCAUCCCCGUGGCCUGCGAAGUGCCCUGCCCCAAGGACUGUGUGCUCAGCGCGUGGUCAGGGUGGUCCUCCUGCUCGCAUACUUGUUCUGGCAAAACGACUGAUGGGAAGCAGAUGCGAGCCCGCUCCAUUCUGGCCUACGCAGGGGAGGAAGGUGGUACUCCGUGCCCAAACCACAGUGCCCUACAGGAGACCCGCAGCUGCAAUGAGCAUCCGUGCACCGUUUACCACUGGCAAACGGGUCCUUGGGGCCAGUGCAUUGAGGACAGCUCGGUCUCCUCCUUCAACACUUCUGCAACUUGGAAUGGAGAGGCCACCUGCUCUGUGGGCAUGCAGACAAGGAAAGUCAUCUGUGUGAGAGUCAACGUGGGCCAAGUGGGUCCUAAAAAAUGCCCUGAGAACCUUCGACCUGAAACGGUGAGGCCAUGUCUGCUUCCUUGUAGAAAGGACUGUAUCGUAACACCAUAUAGUGACUGGACGCCAUGCCCAUCCUCAUGCAAAGAAGGGGACACUUCAGUGAAGAAGCAAUCUCGGAAUCGAGUUAUCAUUCAGCUGCCUGCCAAUGGAGGCCGAGACUGCCUGGAGACCCUGUAUGAGGAACGGGAAUGCACAGCUCCCCAGGUGUGCCAGAGUUUCAGGUGGAAGACUCACAAAUGGCGCCGGUGCCAGCUGGUGCCUUGGUCAGUGAGGCAAGACAGCCCUGGUGCCCAUGAGAACUGUGGAGCGGGGCUCCAAGCCCGAGCCAUCACUUGUCGCAAACAAGAUGGAGGACAGGCUGACGUCAGUGAGUGCCUUCGAUAUGCAGGCCCCUUGCCAGCACUAACCCAAGCCUGCCAGAUCCCAUGCCUGGAUGACUGUCAGUUCACCAACUGGUCCAAAUUUUCUUCGUGCAACGGAGACUGUGGUGCAGUUAGGACGAGGAAGCGUUCUAUUGUUGGGAAAAGUAAGAAGAAAGACAAGUGCAGGAACGCCCAGCUCUACCCUCUGAUCGACACCCAGUACUGCCCUUGCGACAAGUAUAACGCCCAGGCUGUAGGCAACUGGUCCGACUGCAUCUUACCAGAAGGCAAAGUGGAGCUUCUCCUGGGCAUGAAGGUCCAGGGAGACAUCAAGGAGUGCGGACAAGGCUACCGGUACCAGGCUAUGGCCUGCUAUGACCAAAACGGCCGGCUUGUGGAGACGUCCCGCUGCAACAGUCACGGGUACAUCGAGGAGGCGUGCAUCAUCCCGUGCCCCUCGGACUGCAAGCUCAGCGAGUGGUCCAACUGGUCCCGGUGCAGCAAGUCCUGCGGCAGCGGCGUCAAGGUGCGCUCCAAGUGGCUGCGCGAGAAGCCCUACAAUGGCGGCCGUCCCUGCCCUAAGCUAGACCACGUUAACCAGGCUCAGGUGUACGAGGUCGUCCCCUGCCACAGCGACUGCGGCCAGUACAUUUGGGUCAGCGAGCCCUGGAGCGUGUGCAAAGUGACCGUGGUGGACAUGAAGGAGAACUGCGGAGAGGGAGUGCAGACCCGCAAAGUGAGGUGCCUGCAGAACACCGCCGAUGGGCCCUUCGACCCGGUUGAGGAUUAUCUCUGUGACCCCGAAGAAAUGCCGCUGGGCUCUCGAGAGUGCAAACUACCCUGCCCCGAGGACUGCGUGGUGUCUGAGUGGGGCCCCUGGAGCAGGUGCUCGCUGCCCUGCAAUCAGAGCACCUCCCGGGAAAGGUCAGCUGACCCUCUCCGCCAGGCAGAUGAGGGGAAACCCUGCCCUGACACCACUGAGAGGGAACCCUGCCUCUUAAAUAGUAACUGCUUCCACUAUGACUACAAUGUGACAGACUGGAGCACGUGCCAGCUGAGUGAAAAGGCAGUUUGUGGGAACGGCAUCAAAACGAGGAUGCUGGACUGUGUUCGCAGUGACGGCAAGUCCGUGGACCUGAAAUACUGCGAAGAGCUCAGCCUGGAGAAGACCUGGCAAAUGAACAUGUCCUGUGUGGUGGAAUGCCCUGUCAACUGUCAGCUUUCUGACUGGUCACCCUGGUCAGAGUGCACUCACACGUGUGGCCUCACAGGAAAAAUGAUCCGAAGGCGAACAAUCAUUCAGCCUUUCCAGGGAGAUGGAAGACCUUGUCCUGCGCUGAUAGAACAAUUCAAACCUUGCCCAGUGAAGCCUUGUUAUCGAUGGCAAUAUGGCCAGUGGUCAAGUUGCAGAGUGGAGGAUGCUCACUGUGGAGAGGGGACCAAAACCAGAAAUGUGUCUUGUGUAGUGAAUGAUGGAUCAGCUGAGGAUCUCGGCAAGGCUGUGGAUGAGGAAUUCUGUGCAGAAAUAGAACCCAUUGUGGAUGGGAAUAAGAAGAUGGUUCUUGAGGAAACCUGCACACAGCCUUGCCCAGGUGACUGCUACUUGAAGGAGUGGUCGGCUUGGAGCCUGUGCCAGUUAACCUGUGUUAAUGGAGAAGAUCUUGGCUUUGGAGGGAUCCAGGUCCGAUCUCGAGCUGUGAUCAUCCAAGAACUAGAUAAUCAACAUCUGUGUCCAGAACAAAUAUUAGAAACCAAAUCAUGUGAUGAUGGCCAGUGCUAUGAAUACAAGUGGAUGGCUAGUGCAUGGAAGGGAUCUUCUCGAACAGUCUGGUGUCAAAGGUCAGAUGGCCUAAAUGUAACAGGGGGCUGCCUGGUGAUGCGCCAGCCUGAUGCUGACAGGUCAUGUCACCCACCCUGUAGCCAGCCCCAUUCGUACUGCAGUGAGGCUCGGACCUGUGCUUGCGAGGAAGGCUACACGGAAGUGAUGUCUUCGGACGGGACCCUGGAGCAAUGCACCGUCAUUCCCGUGGUGGUCAUCCCAACCAUCGAGGAGAAAAAUGGAGAUGUGAAAACGAGCCGAGCCGUGCACCCCACGCAGCCCUCCGGUAACCCAUCAGGACGGGGACGGACCUGGUUUCUGCAACCAUUUGGGCCAGACGGGCGGCUGAAGACCUGGGUGUACGGCGUGGCGGCUGGGGCUUUUGUCUUACUCAUCUUUGUUGUUUCUAUGGUCUAUCUAGCCUGCAAGAAGCCCAAGAAGCCCCAGAGGAGGCAGAACAACCGCCUGAAGCCUUUGACCUUGGCCUACGACGGCGACGCCGACAUGUGAGCAUGCGGGCAGCGGGGACGGCCAGCUGCUGCCUCCUGCCUUGUCCAGAGGCGUCCAGAGGCCCGAGAGCGGUCAGCCCGUGUGGACACACGUGCGUCCCGACCUUCCCUUCACAGCGUCCUCGAGCAGAGCAGCGGGCUUCCCGGAGCGGCCCACGAUGCUCCGGAUGGCAGGACCUCGAACUCGCCCCCGGGGUGGCAGCUGGGAUGGAGGAAAGCGAUUCGGAGCCCGUCUGUCAUCUGUUCGCAAACCUCCCCAGCACGGAGGGCAGCCAAAGCCCGCCUGGUCUUCAGCGCUCGCCAACCCGUUGUAGCCCGUUAGCAUGAAGAGCUCCCGCCGAGCACUCCCACAGGCUGCCCCUGAGCAGCGUCACCCGCGGCAUCCCUGCGGCCUCCCACCAGUGCUCUGCCCGGCGGCCCCCUUUGUCGAGAGCCCCUCCGCGCUGGCCAAGCUGGGGCUCAAACCGCACGGCGGCCGACAGCAGCCCUGGGGGGCCUCCUCCAGGACACAGACGGCCUCGUCCUGCUCCCUCGUGUCCGUGCCCGCCAGCCAUGCCCGUGCCCGAGGCCGGGAGGGAGGGCUCCGACGUUCCCUCGUCAGGUGCCCGUGUGCAGAAAGUGGCCCCUCCUCAGCUUACUGCCCGCGUCUCCCUCUCUGUCUCUGUCUGUCUGUCUCUGUGUGUGUGUCUGUCUCUCUCUGUCUCUCUCUCUCUCUCCCUCUCUCUCUCUGUCUGUCUCUCCCUCCCUCUCCUCUCUCUCUCUCUCUCCCUCUCUCUCUCUGUCUGUCUCUCCCUCCCUCCCUCUCUCCCUCUCUCUGUCUCUCUGUCUCUCUGUCUCUCUCUCCUCCCCUCUCUCUCUCUCUAUCUCUCUGUCUCUCUGUCUCUCUGUCUCUCUCUCCCUCUCUCUCUGUCUCUGUCUCUCUCCUCCCCUCUCUGUCUCUCUGUCUCUGUGUCUCUCUGUCUCUGUGUCUCUCUGUCUCUCUCUCUCUCCUCCCCUCUCUGUCUCUCUCUCUCCCUCCCUCUCUCUCUCUCUCUCUCUCUCUCUCUCUCUCCCUCCCUCUCUCUCUC